AUGGCUGUUCAGGAGCACUGGUCAGAGCUCCUGGAUGUCCCGGCCAAUUUCACGCGGACGGUGGCGAAGACGAGGCGGGCCCGAGCAGCAAUUGAUGGGGAGGUAGGAGCAGGUGUUAAACUGAGAAGUCUCCGAGACGUUUCACAUGGUGGACAGGAGUACCAGCCAUACCGGCCGAAAUUUGACGAGGAGUCCUUUUUGGCUCCUUGGGUCUUGUGGGAUGGGAACUCGACGCUCGUGCAGGACGCAGAGUCCGCGGUCAACACCAGGACGGGUGAAGGCCAGUUGGGCGGGCUCUUGCAAGCUCCUUCUCCUUGGGAGGACUGCGCGGCGAAUUCUGAAAGCUGGCGCAGGCAGCAGCAGCCACAGCUGGACGCCCAGGAUCUCAGGGCCUCAGCACGUUUCAACAACUUCGAGGCCGCGAAGGCAUCCACCAUGGUGUCCAAGCGCUCCAAAGAAGGCGGCAGGCCAGUGCCAGGGUCUUUUUUCUGCCAGAGCAGGAAAAAAAAACAAGAUCGCAGUCGACGGUCCGCAUUGUCCGUGAGGCCUGAUGAGGCGUCGGCUCAGGACCGAGACGGCUCUGCAUCGCCGCAAGAUCCCCUCGUGUGUGAUGGUUCCCCCAGGAGGCUGAGACGGCCGUGCAAGACACCGCUGCGCAAGACGCCGCUGCAUGGUCUGGACUCCAGAAUCAGAAUCAGAAUCGAGAGGAGCCGGUUUUUUCCCAAUAGUAGAGGCAGAGUUUUUGCCGCCGAGGGAUGCGAUGAUGUCCAGCCAGUUCUCUUCAGGCGCCUCAGCAGGCAAGCGUCAGAACUCGGCCCCCGCAUCUCCCUUUCGUUUUGGGCCUCUUUUGGGCUUUGGGCUUUGGGGCUUACUCUUGCCCGAUUACUGCAUCGUGGUUCCUGUCUUUCCUUGUUUCGCUCCCUUCUUCCUUUUCUUCGUCUCUUCUUCUUGCUCUCGGCUUUCCCUUCCCCUUCUCUCUUGCCCGCCCCUUGCGUUCUUUGA